UUUCAAUAAAAUACAAGGAGCUUCUCUGCAAUUGGACGAUAACAAAACAAGGUCCUUGGAGGGAGUGCCGCAAAAUUUUUGUGCCCACUGUAGAAGAUUCUUGGCUCCAACUCUGCUUACCAAAAAAAAAAAAAAACCAUGUUUGACGCGCCUCUCGGUCCUUUUUUCUUUAAACAAUUAUACGAGCCUUGUUUGGGGCUGGGCAGGCCUCUCAAUCUCAGAACUUUGGUUAUUCUUUCAAUUACUUUUUUUUUUUUUAAAAAACUUGAUAAAAACAAAGGAAAGACAAUACUGUGAGAUUGAGGUUUCGGUUUUCUUCGUUAGACAAUGGCGUUAAGGUUCGACGCCAGAGAUGUUUGCGGAUUCAAAUUCUUGUUUUCCUUGGCGAUCAUGUACGGUCUCAUGUCGAUUCUGGUUCACUCCGUAAUUUACAUGAAGUUCAUCGAGCCGUUGGGGAUCGACGCGCCUCUCGAUCGCUUCUCCGAGGCCAGAGCUAUCGAGCAUGUUCGAGUCUUAUCACAUGAGAUCGACGGUCGACAAGAAGGGCGUCCGGGUUUGAGAGAAGCGGCUCAGUACAUUAAGGCACGGUUGGAAAGGGUGAAGGACAGAGCUGGGUCUAAUAUUAGAGUUGAGAUUGAAGAGAACGUUGUUGGUGGGUCAUUCAAUAUGAUGUUUUUAGGCCACAGCAUAUCAUUGAGUUACAGAAAUCAUACCAAUAUUUUGAUGAGGAUAUCCUCAAUAGAUUCACAAGACACCGAUCCAUCAGUUUUAAUGAAUGCUCAUUUUGAUAGUCCACUUGGUUCCCCUGGUGCUGGUGAUUGUGGUUCAUGUGUUGCAACAGUGUUGGAAAUUGCAAGACUAACCAUAGACUCUGGCUGGGUCCCACCUCGGCCUAUAAUUUUAUUAUUCAAUGGUGCAGAAGAAGUUUUUAUGUUGGGUGCACAUGGCUUCAUGAGGACGCAUAAAUGGCGUGAUUCCAUUGGAGCUUUUAUAAAUGUGGAAGCUUCUGGGACGGGAGGUCUUGAUCUAGUCUGCCAAUCUGGACCUGGUUCUUGGCCCUCUUACGUCUAUGCUCAAUCAGCAAUAUAUCCCAUGGCACAUAGUGCAGCUCAGGAUGUUUUCCCCAUUAUUCCUGGAGAUACAGAUUACAGGAUGUUUUCCCAAGAUUAUGGCAGUAUUCCUGGCUUGGAUAUUAUUUUUCUUCUUGGUGGUUAUUAUUACCAUACCUCCUAUGAUACUGUGGAGAGACUAUUACCUGGUAGCAUGCAAGCACGUGGAGACAAUUUGUAUAGCACGGUUAAGGCCUUUGCAGAGUCUUCUAAGCUUAAAAAUGCUCAUGAAAGAGAAUCCCUUGGUGUUAGUGAUGACUACAAUGAUGAACGAGCUGUUUUCUUUGAUUACUUAACCUGGUUCAUGAUAUUCUACUCAAGAAGGAUAGCUGUGGUACUUCAUGGCAUUCCCAUCACCAUCUUCUUCAUUAUGCCUUUCUUUUUACGUUGGCUGAAUUCUGGGUUAUGUUGUUGUUUUGCAGCCUUCUAUGACUUUGUAAAAGGAAUGAUCCUCCAUGCUACUGGAAUUAUACUGGCUAUAAUUUUCCCAGUUAUAUUUUCCAUCCUGAGAUUGUCAUUUUCUAGUUAUGGAAUGAACUGGUUUGCGAAUCCCUUCUUGGCUUUCUUGAUGUUCACUCCCAUCUCACUUAUUGGUCUGUUGAUCCCAGGAAUCAUUUUUCGUGUUUUUCCCCUCUCCCAAGAUUUUUCAGUUCUCAAGACAUCAAAAGAGGCACUAUCUGAUGAGGCAAGAUUCUGGGGAGCAUUUGGAUUUUAUGCCUCAUUAACUUUGGCUUAUCUUAUAGCUGGGUUAAGUGGGGGUUUCUUGACCUUUUUCACAUCUGCGUCUAUGCUUCUUGCAUGGAUCUCCUUUUACCUAUCAAACAAGUUUUGUGGUCAUCAAUCAGUCAGGUCAGCUGUUUUUUAUGUGAUAACUCUAAUUCCUUGCCUUACAUACUCUGUUUAUUUUGGUGGGUUUCUUGUUCAAUUUUUGAUUGAGAAGAUGGGUAUGAUGGGUUCUCUUCCACCGCCUUAUGGUAAUUACAUUCCUGAUAUUGUGGUGGCAGCAAUAGUUGGUGUUGUCACUUGUUGGUGUGUGGGCCCCCUAUUAUCUAUUUGUGGCAAUUGGUUAGCCAGGUCGUCCAUCUUGCAGUUCUUGCUACAUCUUAGUGUGAUUGCUUUGGCUCUGUCUUCACAGUUCUUUCCAUAUAGCACGGAUGCACCUAAGAGAGUUGUUUUCCAGCAUACAUUUCUGACAGCAGAUGCAAAUAGGGUUGUUGAUUCAAGUUAUGACUUUUCUGUGGUGGAUUCCAACUCUUUGCUGUUUCUUUUUAAGUAUGCACCUGAAGUGGCAAGGGCGUUGCACAUUGGUCCAGAGUUUUCUUUUGAAACUGCUAAAAUGUCUAACCAACAGACUUUUAUGGCACUUUUUCCAGUGUCCUUUUUGUUUUCAAGAAGUUUGAAGUUCCCUGCAAGAAGUGAUGAGGUUUUGAAGCAAUAUAGACAUUUUCCUCAUUUGCAUACUAAUAAGCCACAAAUGAUGUCUAGCGAUGGAUCUCGGAGAGUUUAUUUGGAACUUUCCUUAGGUUCCUUAGAGGAGGUUUGGGUUACAGUCCUUAACAUUACUGGCCCUUUAUCCACUUGGUCAUUUGCUGACAAUAAGCUACCAGUCCCGGAAACCGCUGAAGGCGGUCCGCCUUCAUACAUAUGCAGACUUAGUGGAGCCAGUCAUGAAAAUUGGACCUUCUGGUUGGAGUCUAGCAAUUCUGGAGAUUUAAGGGUGGAUGUGGCGGUGCUUGACCAAAUUUUGGUUGAUGAAGCAAAGAAGUUGAAGGGACUUUUCCCACCUUGGGCAGAUGUGACGGCUUACUCUAGUUUUUUGUCCAGCUACAUCAUUUAGUCUUUAUACUCCUUCCCAGUCAUUCUUUCACUAGAUAAUAAGUUCAUUAAAAUACCUCACCUCAGUUUUAAAAUUCAUAUAUUCUUCACUUUUUGAUUCCUCUUUCAUUCCAAUGUUGUGAACUGUAUAAUGUAACAAUACAUUAACCCCAUCAUACGCUUGCCAAAAGUUUCUCUCACUGAAAUUCUUAUAUGAAUUUGAGUGCAAUGUGAGAAUACAAAUACCAUCCGUUGGCUCAUGUGACGAGAAAUUGAUCUCUGAGUUUGAAUAUGUUAGGUGAAUGUGAAUAAGGUAAUUUCUCAUUUUCAUGAAUUCACUAGGUUUAAUGUAAAUAAACAUGCUUGGAUCAGUUCGAAAAGGGAUAUCAAACGAAUUCCAAAAUUCCUUAUUUUUGUGAGAAAAUUUCUUAAAAAAAUGGAGAUUUAAAAUAAUGAAAACAGCUCUGAUAUUUCUUUUACUUCAAUUGAAUAACUCUCAUAACUAAAGAAGUGGUCUGCUGCACAUCAGAAAGCAAAUAUUUUCUGAUCAUUGCCGAAUAGUUGUUUGAGUAUCUAGGAAAAAGGAAAAAGUUGGAACUACUCAAAGAAGAAGAUGGAGAAUGGUAAGUACUGAAACUGAAGAGAAGCAAGAAAGAGAUACAAGUUGGCCCUAACCCACCACCAGAUUUGCCUGAAAACUUCAAACAGCAUAUCGUUGGAAAAAUGGGUGGGUCGGAUUGGGUUCUGGUGACACAAAAGCCAAUAUUUUACUCUGACGAAAACCGACAAGCCAGUUGGUUCGCCAUACCUUUUUCACAACUCAAAACUUAUGAGUUUCCCAACAAAACAGAUGCUGAGGAUUUGGAGGAUGAAAAAGCUAUCCAGGUUUGCUUGUUGGAACCAUCCAUGGAGGAAACUGCUCUCACUUUUAAAAGGUAGAAUACGAAGAAAAGCUCAACGUAUGUCCUGAACACUUAACACUACGUGGAA